UGUCCUGCAGAUGUAGGAUAAAGAAAGAAGAGUGGGUGUUUGUCUUUAAAUAAAAUACAACAGUAAAUGUGUUCAUGUUCAUCAACCAAUGAAAGUUGAGGAGCUGAUUUUUAAACAUCUCUUCCGAGGUGUGUUGUUUGGGAUUUAUUGGUAGCGUUUUUAGAUCAAUAGCAUCUUCUAAAAAAGGUUAAGUUAAAAGUGAAGUUCACAGUUUUGUUUCAUUGUGAUAUGUUCUACGUAGAUUUAUGUUGGAUAAAGAUAUAUAAACUCAGCUGUGCAGUCAAGUCUUCAUUAAGGCUCAGCCAAGCUAACCUUCUGCCAGCUUCCACAUGCUAACAUGCUAUAGUUAGAGUUUGAUAUGUGAAUUCAGGUCAACUGUGUGCCUGGCCCCUUCUCAGCCAGUAUAACAGUACACACACACACACACACACACAAAGGAGGGGCCGUCCUAACUGUGUGUGCAUGUCUGUUCAUUUGAAGCCAACUGUUCUACAACUUAAACACUCUUAUCUCCUUUUUUCUCUGUCCUUCACUUCCUCACUCACUCUUCUUUCUUUUAUCCCUCCUUUUACUCACCUUGGUGUUGUUUUCCUCAGCCUUUUCCUUCUGCCCUCCCUCCGUUCUCUCUCCCCCGACCCUCUCUCUGCCCUCCCUCCAGUUUUCCACUCUGCUCUGUUCUGAAGUGUGACUGUGAAGAACUGAAAAAACUCAAACCGAAGAAAAUGAUGCAGCUUAAGUUGUAGAUGUUACAUGUGACCUUUAGGACAUAGUGAGUAGGAGACAGCCUUAAGAUUCUACGACAACCACUUUUCACCAGCUUUUCUUCUUACUGGCUGCACAAAGGAAAACAUUUGCAGAAUGUGGACCAAGUUUCUUCAAGGGUUUCUUCAGCUGCCCCUGCUGGGAGUGCUGCUCUGUCUGGUGGAUGGCAAAGGAACCUUUUAUGGAGGUCAUGGGAUCCCACUCUAUGGAAACAGAUUCAGUGGGUUCAGAACUGGACUCAACUCUCAGCAUUUAACAAAUAAACCCAUAACACGUCACAAGAAUCUUUGUGCCUAUGUGGUGGAGAAGAACGUCACAUGCCCGGUGCAGGAUGAGGUGAAGACUUAUGUAAAGGCCGACUUCACCAGCAGGUGCACAUGGGGUCAGAAAUGCCCGGUCAUCACGUACAGGAUCCUCCACAGACCAAAUUACAGACUGGGCUUGAAGAAAGUGACCGCACUGGAGUGGAGGUGUUGUCCUGGUCACACUGGAGAACAGUGUUUCCAUGGAGCCCCGCCCUCACCUGACAUCACGUCCGCAACUGGACCCUUUCCAACUGGACGGGAAAAAUCAAAUCCUGGAAUAAAGGUGGGAACUCCUGGAGUGGGCGGUGAGCGGCUGCAGCGCAUGGAGGAGGACCUGCGUCUCCUCACCCAGGGACUGGACACUCUCAAGGGUGUGGUUACUGGCUUGGAAGAGCGACUGCGUACUUCCCUGCAGGAAGACAUAAACAAACUGCUGGUUUUCCUGCUGCCGACCAGUCCACGUGUAUCUGAAUCACUUGUGGGAUUUGGUGCAAUCACGGACGGAACAGAGAGAAGAGAAAACGUACUUGGGUUUGGAACAUUGGCAGAAAAGGUGACAGAAGUGAGAGACGAGCUCCGUGCCAAGGCUCACGUCCUGGAGGAAGUACAGGGAAUGGUCCUUGGUCACGAUGGACAGCUGAAGAGGCUGCUAGAAGGCACACCAGUCCAUCCCGUCACUGGCCAGGGCCCAGAUGCUUACAUUGAUGAGAUUCUGAACAGGAAGUUGGCAGGUAUGCGGUCUGAGAUCUAUGAUGGAUUUGAAAACCGUCUGACUGGUCUAGAAAACAACUGUGAUCAGAAGAUAGGGGAGGUACAGCAGAGGUGCCACCAGGAGCACAUGGACAGGCAGGAGAAGAUACAGCAGACUCUGGAUGGGACAGAAUCAGGUAUCAGGCAAGAGCUGGGCUCCAUCCAGGCCCAGAUCCAGGGCUUAACCACAACUGAUGGCUGCUGUGGACAGGUCAACACCCUGUUGCAGCGGGUCCUGCUGUUGGAGGAGUCUGUAAAGACGUUGUCAGAAUCUCAGAGGCAACUUCAGCGUGACCUGACGGAACACAACAACCAUCUGGAGGCUCUGAUCCAGAACAGGGUGGUGGGCACAGAGGGGGAGGCAGGGAGUCUCCCUGGUGACCUCAUUGGGUUUAGGACCAUCAUGGAGGAGAAGAUGAAAACCCUGGAGAAGAAAGUGUUGGUAGCAGUUGAGGAGUUGGGCAAUUCUUCAGCCCCUGCUCCUCUGGAGGGGCAGGUGGUGCCAGCACUAGAGACAGCGAUGGAGUCUGUGAGGAGAAUGGAGGGAAACAUGAAGAAUAUUCAGAAUCAACUGUUAGACCUGGAGCUUCUUUGCACCUCCUCCUGCUCCUCCUCCAGACCUCCAGCAGGCAGUAUCAGGGAAGGGGAGAGGAUGGAGGAGAAAAUAAGUGACCGUCUGGAAGAACACUCUGAGCAACUGGAUCUCCUGAACAAAACAGUGCAGAAGCUGCUCCACAGGAUGACACAGGAGGACACCGAGGACUCCGUGCAGGGGGAGAUCACUCUGCUCAAGGUCAACAUCAACUCAGUCAACCGUACAUUAAAAGGCAUCAAAGACUCCAUCAGCUUCAUAGCCAGUGAGGUGGGCCAGGCCAACUCCACCUGGCGUCAGAGGGAGCACCAACUGUUUGAUCAGGUGCAGGGCAUCACCAAACUGGUCGGCCACCAAGCCACUCUCCUGGGUGCAGGAGAGAGACGGCUGGCCCAGCUGAAGGCAGAACUGGUAACUUUACGGAAGCAGCUCGCUGGCGAUGUGCAGGGCUGCAGGAGCACAGCUGUGGAGGUGCAGAGGGAGGUGCAGGGCUUCGACAGCAGGGUGAGCCAGGUGGAGAAGCAGUGCAACAACCUGGGGGAGCUUGCGGAGCACCUGGAGAUGAUCAGGGCGGAGCUUGAGAGACACUCGGACUGGUACCUGGCCCAGGUGAACAGCACUGUGGCUGUUCAAACAUAAGGAGCACCUGAGCUGAAGGACCACGUCCAAGACUUUGGAACUAAAGGGGCAGCCAAGAAACCAGAGAGAGAACCAAUAGCUAAUGAGCUACACGCAUUACACACUCACCUCAGUCAUAUUAUACUGUCAGGUCAAAGGUCAGACUGAGACAGUGAGACGCAGCCCAAUGAAAACGCAUGUAAUCAUGUACCGCUGUUAACAAAAUGAUACAGUACAUUAUGGGGGGGCUGGGGGUAGCAUCAUGAAGGAAAAAACAGCCACUAAAUUAAUUACUCUGAUGACUAACAAAUGUAUAUAUUUUUAAUUCAAUGGUCGAUAACUUUUGUUUAAAUAUUUUGACGUGAAAGGAGUUAUUUUUACUGAAGUUAAAGUUUGUAACUCCUUGAAGACUAUCAGUGUCAGUACAAUGCUCAGUGACUCUAAAGUCUGACCUUUGACCACUGACAGUCUGAUUCCAGCAGCUGGAGACAUGUGGUCUGUGACAUCAUCUCUCUACAUGUAAUUUUACUGAUGUGGUGUAAAAACAGCUGUAGUCAAGAAACCAACCUGUGUUAUGGAUAAUAUAUGACCAUUAAAUAGUCAAAUAUAUUCUUCAUGUAUUAAAACAUUUUCUCACCUGGUGUUCAUCAUCCUCUUAGCUUUCCCGGAAGUCUACAUCAUCGUCAUGAUUAAGUCACAGUUAUGGGAUAUUACAGAAGAACCUCUGACACCACAGAUGAAAAGGAAUACAAAGAAACUCAGGAACUGUUACGUGUUUAGGGGUAAACUUUGACCUUAACCACCAGUUAAGACGAGGGGAGCACUAUAGGACAAAUGUCAAUCAUCAAUGAAAAAAAAAGAUUGAUGUCAGGCUGACGUCAGCUUCUCCCAAUACUCACUGAGAAAAUUCACUGGUUUAUUAUUGUUGUUUCCUUUGAUACAAAAAUAACAGUUUAAUAAAAUACAAACAAUACGAACUACAGCCUGAGCUGGGAUCACUGGAUUUAAAUGAAUGUUUGUAGUCGGGUGGCUGGCAUCACCCUGUGGAUCAAAGACACAGGUAUUUACAAUGAUUAGUGUUUAAAGACUGUCGAGAACCAGCGCUCAUUUACAACAACAGUAAACUUCACAGUCCUCUCCUUCAGGGAAGUUCUCCUAGGUGAGCCUUAAAACUCCCCUUAAAUUUACACUCUAAUAUGAAUGAAUAAUGCCUGUGGUGACAGAGCUUCUGAUUCUCUGCAUUAGGAAUGUAUUCACCAGUCAAAAUGCUGUUGUGACGUUUUGUAAUAUGACACCGAUCCCUUGUCAAAGACAAGAGCAGCUCCGAGGGUAAACUUGGAAAUGAGGUCCAUUGAGAAGCUGAAGCUCAUUGGUCUAAAGGGGGGGGGGUGCUAAGACAGAUGGGAAGUGUCAUCAUGACCUUGAUGCUGGGAUGAUGGUCACAUUUUUGGUUCUGCAGUGAGAACUUUGACAGUAGGACCAUGGCCCCACUCUCUGACCCUU